AUGGAUUGGAUUCCUAUGGACGGUUCAUUCUCAAAGAAUACAGAUAGUUCAAGUGCAACAUUUACAGCAGCUUAUACGCCUAUUAAUGUUAAAAGUAUUUGGGCACUAUUUAGAAAGAAAGACAACUAUUAUGUUAAUUUUGAGAACCCUAAGUUUAAAUAUCUUCAGCUUUCCAUGGGAGCUUAUGGAAAUAUGCCUGCAGAACCUGAAAAAUCAUAUGGACCUGUAUUUUAUGAAAUGGUUGCGAACGCUUGCAAUACAAACAAUGAUAUGAUAGGAUUUAAUGAAGAUGUUAUGAGGUCAUUGGUGGAUGAUGGUAGUGUGGAACAUAAAUGGGAUAGCUAUGACAACACACAUUUCUUAUGUGGUUUUCCAACAGAAGUGGACUUUUGCUUCCAGCAAGGUCAAACAUCUACUGCUCCAAUAACAUACAAAUUGUCUGUUAAAGGACCUAUUGAACUAGCAACUGAAAAUGUACCAAAGCCACUUAUUGGAUUUAUGAGGGAUUGUUGCUUUGCAAUACAAGUAAGACAGUCAGGCAUACCAAUAAUAAGACUUGACGACUAUAACUUAGCAACUGACGACAGUGAGGAAUAA